AUGUCCAAACGUGUGCCACCAUCAGCUCAAAAAGCUCCAACUAGUACCACCGGGGGUCCAAGUACAGCUGUGGGUGCACCUCCGGGUGCUCCCCCUGGUGCUGCUCCAGGUACAGGUGCAGGCGCUGGUCCAGGUGCAGGCGCAAAAGGUCCAUUGACCAAAGGACAACAAAAGGCAACCGUACAUUCGGUGAAUGAUAUCAUACCUGCCCUGAAAACAUUCCUAUACGACAAAAGCAACGUUCGUCUGGAUAAAUUUUUCUCCCAGCUGGAAGAAAAAACUCAGCUGCCGCGUGAACAGAUCUCGUACGGAAUGAUGGGCCUUAUUGCUGUAUACUUGAUCAUCGGGUCCGCAGCGCAGCUUCUAUGCAAUCUGAUUGGUUUCGGCUACCCGGCUUAUGCUUCGGUCAAGGCAAUUCGCACUGAGGAUAAAGAAGAUGAUACGCAGUGGCUUGUGUACUGGACGGUAUUCGCAUUCUACUCAUUAUUCGAUUUCUUUGCUGACGCUAUUAUGCGUGCAGUGCCACUGUACUGGAUAGUCAAGGUGAUAUUCUUGCUGUACCUGUACCUGCCUCAAACCUACGGCGCUCAAAUCAUCUACGAAAAGUACAUUAAUCCGAUGAUUGCUGGACUCGAGAAAUCACUCAGUAAACACUAA